AAAAUUGUAAUAAGUUGGCUACACAUAAUUGACAUUUCUUUUCGUUCAGUCAGUUCAAAAUUCCUGUAACCAAAAACUAAUAAAAACUAAAAUGCCCUGCUGCAAUUGCGACGAUUGCUCUUCCGACGGCGACUGCUUUCCCCCCGACUUCGAUUCCCUCAAAAAGUGGCAUAAAGACUUUAACAACUUGCGACAGCAAUGGUCAGACCUUCAAAUAUGUGGCAACAACAACGCUAAGAAUGAUUGUUGUAAAUGCUGUUGUUGUUGUAAGCCUAAACUGGUCAAAGGCCGUUUCGGUUUAGCUUGGAUAUCUGAAACUCCUCAAAAAAGGUGCUGCACCCCUUGUGGGUGGCAGCUGGAAAUUUGUGACACUCCCUCUCGGGUCGAAUGUCAAUGUAAGAAAAUGGAGCAGUGGGCCAGUUGUCCGCCAGUAGAGGGCUGCAAGUGUUGUUUACCUAAACCUAAAUGUUGUCCACCUAAACCUAAAUGUUGUUCAGCAGGACCUAAAUGUUGUACACCAGAACCUUGCCCUAAACUUCCCUGUUGUUCGAUUAAAGUUAUGCCUUUUAAGCCACGGGAGGAGUGCUGUUGUAACAACAACUGCAAGACUAAUGAUAAAGCGGUGGCAACUGACAAUUGUUGUUGUAGUGAAAAUAAACCAGAUUGUCCUCCACCUGAACAAGAUUGUGCUUGUGAUGAUGAGAAAGAAAUUAAUGCAACCAAUGACACUGAUGAUAAUAAUAACAAUAAUGAUAAUAGUAGUAAAACUGAUAAACCACGCAGUCGCUCCAGAGGAAGGCGGAGAAGAAAAUAAAUACCUUAUUCAUUACGUUUAUUAUUGUCUUACUUGAAUAAAAAAUCUAAAAAUUGUGUUUUA